AGACUGGAUGGACGCACUGCAUCUUUCGAUUGACCAAGCAGCCAGGUAAAGAUUCCAGGUUUGCAGGAAAAUAACCCCGAGGCUGUGGUGCCACUGUCGGCUUUCCCUUUAGCUGCUGCGCGCCACAGAUCUUUGCAUCUUUCCCGAGGUUGAACAGCCGCGGCCCGAUACGAUUAGCCCGCCACUGGUUGACGUUGUUGACGUGUACGUACGGCUGGAAGGAAGAAAAAAAAAGACCAGACAGUCAGCAAAAAAAAAAAAAAAAAAAAAAAACACAUGCCAACAAAGCAACCGGCCGACCGUUCAAUCAAUCCCAAGCGGCGACUUGCAUAGAUUUGCUUAUUCUAUUUCACAACGCAACCCACUCAUUGACAUUGAAAUAUUUUGCCGCCGUAUUCAUACAAACAUACAUACAUACUCUUGGGGAUUUACUGCAUUUGCGAGAUUCUACGGACCCCAACAAACCCCCCGCCGCAUAUUCCUUAUCGGAGCCUCGUAUUGCAAUUGACAAACUGCCUGCGGUACCUAUCCACGUAUCUACUCGACUGCAACGGGCUGCUUAGGUAUCGAAGCCGCCAUCUGGUCUGUUGUCGCGACACCCAGUGACCAUGGCCACGGUAGAUGAUACCCAGAACCAUGUCCAACUGAAUGCAGAGUCCAGCCUAAACGAAUUUCCGUACCAAGCAAGCGCGGACAAGGAGGAGUAUCCAAGCCUUCCUUCUGCCCCGCUCCCUGACGUGGACGGCAGCUCCCAAAAUGGGCAUACAGCCGCCAACGCUGACCUUGUUCGUAACCGCGCCUCAGGUUUACUCGUCUAACGUCAGUAAAAAGGAAAUGUUAAUGCUGACCACCAGCCAUGAUUAGCCGCCCUCGGAGUCGACCGAACAGCCAUGGAACAAGGUAGCCAGUGGCGACUUCAUCCAUGAAACCAAGAUGCCCAGUGAAGACCGGGACAACCUUGCCAGGCCCGGCAGUCUACCAACUCCCGAGCCGAGCCGUAGAGGCAGCAACACGCUGGUCGGCAGCCCGCGUCAGGGCGACGGAUUGCAAAUGCUCAUGGACGAAUUCGCAGACGAUGAAUCCUCAGAUACCUCGUGGGACAUUCACGAGACCAUCAGGAGUCGCACCCAGGCCUUGGCUGAGAAGGACCACCAGGGGAUAUUCUCAAAUCAGCGGCGAGGCAACCAGGCCGACGCGCCAGACACGGUAACCAGUGCCAACGCUUGGUUGCCGGCUGGCUUCGAAGACGACCUGGACGAAGUGACCGGUGCUGACGACGAGUUCGAGCCAACCCGUGGGAGUCGCUGGAGAGUGAGGCUGGCGCCCCUGGAUACCCCUUUUCAUCGCCGGAUGCAGACCCUGGUGGUUCUGCUACACGUCCUCGGCAUGGGAAUCACUUUCAGCUUUUUCUGCUUCCUAUGCACGCUCCCCCUGUUUUGGCCUAUCAUCAUCGCCUACCUCGUAUUCAUCAGACUGUCGAGAGCUGGAUCCGAUGGGAAGACAAACCGUCGCAUAGAAUGGCUCCGCAGGGCUCGCAUCUGGAAGUACUUUGCCGAUUACUUCCCUGUCAAGCUACACAAGACAGCCGACCUGCCCCCCACCCGCAAGUACAUUUUUGCGAUUCAUCCACACGGAAUCAUCUCGCAUGGUGCCUUUGCCUCCUUCGCCACGGAGGCCCUCGGCUUCUCUGAGAAGUUUCCCGGCAUCACAAACAGUGUGUGCACUCUUCACGGCAACUUCAAGACCCCGUUCUACCGCGAGUAUCUGAUGGCCAUGGGCCUGAUCUCGGUUUCAAAGGAGUCCAUUAUUAACACUUUGAUGACCGGCGGGAUCAACGGUGAAGGCAUGGGCAGGGCCGUCUCCAUAAUUGUCGGUGGGGCGCGAGAGGCACUCGAGGCCUGCCCCAAGACGAUGCGCUUGAUACUGAAACGGCGGGGUUUUUGUCGCAUGGCACUACGCACCGGUGCAGACCUUGUGCCGGUGCUCUGCUUUGGUGAGAACGACCUCUACCAACAGUGGGGGCCGCAGGAUCAUCCGCGCUUCCGUCGCCUGCAAAUGAAGGCUCUCGCGUACCUAGGCUUUGCGGUCCCCGUUCUGAGGGGAAGGGGCGUCUUCAACUAUGACUUUGGAGUCCUUCCUCAGCGGCGGCCGAUCAACGUUGUUGUUGGUGAGCCUAUCAAGGUUGAGCAGUUUCGGGGUAGCGGUAACAUUGAGCCACGCGUCGAGGAGCUGUGGAAGCUAUAUUGCCAGAAGCUUCAGGAACUGUACGACCAGAACAAGCACGUCUAUUUCAAGGAUCGUCAGGAGGAUAUGAGGUUUGUUGACUCGGAGGAGUUGUAAAGAUGCAACCAUUGGAAUACUUGGAUAGGCGAUACUGGUUUCUUCGCCUUGUCUUUGUGUAUGCAUCUGAUUAUAUCACACUAUGUCCAGCGCUAGAACAACAAAGUUUCUCCGUCAUGGAUGCUUCAUAGUGCAAGCUUCUGGGUGGUAUGGCACUAAGAUGGACACCGCAAAGUAAAAAGUAGAGCAUUGGUUGGUAUCGGAACAAGUAUGUUUCGUUCCGAUGGGGUGUGCUACAUACACUUCAGUUAACAGCUAACUAAGAGACUCGCAUGAUAGCCCAUUGACUUUGGUUAACGUCAUUGCAGAGGAGGGCAACGCACACUUUGUUGCUCCGUCCUGGAGCCAGACACAUCAUAGAUAGCCUGGUUGGCUUUGGUGUAGUGAACAUCUCCUCGGGUAGUACUGCCGUGCUGCCAUUUGAUCCACACAGCCCAGCAGUACUUUUGAGUGAUAACCUUGGUGCAUUUCAAAACAUGAGGGGGAAGAACACAGCCAGGAAACAAGCAAGUAUGACCAGGUUGGGCUACAGGCGAGAGCAGCAUGAGAGCUCCAAGCUACCUAAGUAAUGGCUUGCAGGUAAGAGCACUUCCAUUGAAUCGUAGAGCCCUUCCUAUUCUUCUGUCUCAAGUUCAUAAUCAUGCAUCUCAACCUGCUGGUGCACAAGACACAUCAGCACCUCUUGCUAUUCUCACAAUCGAGUUCCAAAAAAGAAAAAAAAAAGAAAAAAAAGCUAGAAAAUCGCAAAGCAAAAGAAUGGGUCGCAAAGCUUGAAAGCCACCUUCUCCCAUAACGCCACCCGGCUUUUAUUUACACUCGCUUCCUCCUCGCUCCGUCCCCCAAAUGGUGAAUGAUGCCUUGGUCCGGGAAAUGUGAAAUCAAGGGAUAUAUCGACAUUGCUGAAAAAAAGGGCAAAGGUACAUGGUGUGAGGGUAAAGGGAAUAAAAAGAUUACAAUUACAAUGACAGCUGAGAAUGAAACCCAG